AAUUCUAACGAGAUAUUUUCAGCGGAAAGUUUUAUCGACCACAUUUCUUCAGCUCUGCCUCUGCAAUUAGGAGAAAAGGAAGAUGUGAGGGAAGCCAAUUCAGAUACCUCAUUAGCAGAGCGAAUUGGUGCGUCUGAGGGGGGCUUUUUCGCAGAGAAACGCGUCAGUCGGCGGUACCCUUCACUGCCUUACGCAGCGUAACGGGUGAUAAUAUGCAGCAACAUUAAUUUCUGUACUCUUGCAGUACGAGGUUGCGUCGCUAGAUGAUGCGCUCAGCGCGGUUUCCUAGUCCGUUCACUCCAGAUACACCUGUGGAGUUGACGGAGGAUUAUUCUGUGCAAUGGCAGCCUUCGUCAGCACCGUUAAUGGCUCUGACGCUGCGAACAGUGUGCUUGGCAAACGGGCUUGAACAGCACGCUGAACCGCUGCCCGUGUCCUCUGACUGCGGCUUCUGAAAAGAGUGAUGAUUAAUAGAAAGGAAAGGGAGCUGGAGAUGUAUGACCCCCUCUGAUAUAGGGGGACCAUUCUGUGCUAGAGAUGUUGGCGGUGAAGGAGGAGCCCAGCUCGUCACACCCUCACUGGGAGAUGGACCAGUGUGAAGAGGAGGCUUCGGGGAAUGACGGCGCCUGUUUCGGAGACCGGUUGAAAGUCCACGGGAAAGAGGAGCCGAAAGAGGAGGAGGGCAUCCCGGAAUAUGUCCCCGAGGAAGGAAGUGCAGCAGCACAUGCAGAAGGGCGAGCCGCCUCCUCUCUUCCCUCUGCAGAGACGUACGCCAGCAAACAGGGAGGAUCCCCUAAGCGAGUCGGCGAUCGGCCAGCCGUGGUGCCGCCACCCCUAUCUUCCGCCAGCCGACCCCACCUCCCCUUUCCCCUCGUGAGGCUCACCCGGAUCGACGACUCCUGGCCGCGGGAUGCGAUCCGCGCGGGCUACGUCCUGGGGGACGGCUACAAGGUCGCCCGCGCAACGGGAUCGGAGCGGGCCGUCCCCCGCAGCGGGGAAGCGGUCCCGCAGGGUGUGCAGCCUGAAGGUGCGCCGGCGGAUCCACACGGGCGGGAGCCGCCUCCGGCGGAUCGCGCACUCGGAGCGCCCCCAGAGAGGAGCGGCCCCACCGCCUCCCGGAGUGCAGGAAGGGCCUCCUCUACCAGGCCGAGCUCCGGGCGAACGGGCGGACCCACACGGGGGCGACGCCCUACGGCUGCGGGCAGUGUGGGCAGAGGUUCCGGCUCUGCGGGAGCCUCGGGAAGCACCGGCAUGUCCACGCCGAGGAGAAGCCAUACGGCCGCCGGCGGCGCGGGAAGGGGCUCGGCCAGCCGCAGAGCCUCGCGGCCCACCGGCGCUGCCCCCAGUGCGGGAAGAGCUUCAGCCAGCAGGACCACCGGCGCGUCCAUCGGGGGGGGCGGCCCUUCCCCCGCCCCGCCUGCGGCAGGAGCUUCGCGCCCGCCGUCACGCUCAAGAGCCAAUGUAAGAGGGAGAGGCCCUUCAAGUGCCCGGGGUGCGAAAAGAGCUUCGGCCAGCCGGGGACCCUGAAACGGCACCAGCAAAUCCACGAGCGGGAGGUGAUGCCGAAGGGGCAGGUGUAGGGUUUCACGAGACCCUCGUGCGCUCGUUCACGAGGGUCUCAUUGCGACGACCAGGGUUUAUUUGUGGUCAGGGUUGACCUAACCUUCGAGCACUUUCGGAAAGUCCAGCAAACAAUACCCAAGGACUCUGAAUUAAAUCUAUUGUAGGAUCUUCCUGUGCUUUACUAUGUAAAAGAGUCACAUGCGGUAAAGCAUAGUGAAUUAACAGCUAGGUCAUAAAGCACAGAAAUGUAUGUAUGGUAAAGUGCAAUGCAAACCAUGGGAAUCAUGGUAAAUCCAAGGAAACAUGGUAAAACCCCAAGAAAUGACCCUGAAUGUUUACAGUGCUUGAUACCAAGUCGACGUUUCACAGGGAUCCUUAAUAAGCCUCAAGCUCAGAUAAUGCUGUGGAUCAGGGGUCGGCAAACUACGGCCCGCGGGACAAAUCCGGCCCGCUGAACUUUUCUGAGUGGCCCGCAGCUCACUACUGUUUAAAUCUCAAGGGUUACUUUUUGCAUCAGAUGUUGAAAAUCUUCCACCAGUGGUCUCUACUUGUUAGCUCUGCUGCUCUCUCUCAGCACUCACGGUCAAUUGCAGAACAACACCUAUUGGACGAUGCAUUUUACUUUGAGCCUAUCAGACGUCAGCUUUAGCCUAGGUUGCAUAUGCCUGUGCUACAACUGAUUCUUACCGUAAAUUCAUUUGGAUUUUUGUUGCCUACUGUGAUUGGCUCAGUCACGCAAAUGACGUCUAAUGUAUGCGACCUUGUUUGAAAGCAGGUAAAGAUUUCAAAUGGUUCUAAAAGUUAUAACCGACAAGAGGCUAACUGUAAGUUAUUCCUGCCGUGUUGGAAAAAAAAAAAUUGAUGCAGUGGGUCGAAAAUUCAAUGACCAACAGUCAGAAGAGUACUUUUCUGUCCCUUGGAAAGAAAAGGCAAUGUCUCUUAUCUCUCAGGAUACAAUCGCCGUGAUGAAAGAUUACACCAUAAAAAGGGCAUUGCGAGAAAAAACAUCAGGCUAGGUUUUUCGGAAUACACAGGAGUUGAAUGCAAGAAAAAAAUUAGAGCAGUUGAAAAAGUCGCUUCAGGGGCAGCAAAAGCUGUCCAAGAGAAAAUCCGAAGAAAGUGUUGCGGCUACCCGAGCUCGUUAUCGAGUAUCGCAGCUUCUAGCAGCAGCUGUCAGACCCUUCACGGACGGUGGGUUUAUUAAGCCAUGUAUGCAAGAGGUCACAGGUCACAGAGGAGAUGUGCCCAGAGAAACGCCACCUAUUGCAGUCAGUGAGUUUAUCGGCUAGAUAGAGGAUUUCACUCGGAUGACCCAGCAAGGUUAGUACAGUACAUUUUUUUUUUUAGUGGCCCUGGCUCUAAAAAGUUUGCCGACCCCUGCUGCAGAUUGUAGCAGCAGAUGAGCUGAUGUUUACCAGUGCUCCCCUAAUCUGUGGAUCAGCAUAGAAAAAGACAAGGAAGACCAAAUUAAGAAAAAAAAUUUUUUUUUAAGACAUAAAAA